AUGAGUUUCGAGUAUCCCAAAAUGAGUAUCGAGUAUCCCAAAAUGAGUUUCAAGUAUCCCAAAAUGUGUUUCGAUUAUCCCAAAUUGAGUUUCGAGUAUCCCAAAUUGAGUUUCGAGUACCUCAAAUUGAGUUUCGAAUAUCCCAAAUGUAGUUUCAAAGAUCCCAAAAUGAGUUUCGAGUAUCCAAAAAUGAGUUUCGAGUAUCCCAAAAUUGAGUUUCAAUUAUCCCAAAACGAGUUUCGAGUAUCGCAAAUUGAAAUUCGAGUAUCCCAAAUUGAGUUUCGAGUAUCCAAAAAUGAGUUUCGAGUAUCCCAAAAUGUGUUUCGAUUAUCCCAAAUUGAGUUUCGAGUAUCCCAAAUUGAGUUUCGAGUAUCCCAAAUUGAGUUUAGAGUAUUCCAAAUUGAGUUUCGAUUAUCCCAAAUUGAGUUUCGAGUAUCCCAAAUUGAGUUUCGAGUAUUCCAAAUGUAG